AUGAAGAGUGUCUUGCUAGUAAUUGCCACAUUGGCUGUGGUUAGUGCUGAGUGGAUUGAAGUCGAUUGGACCCAGGUUAAACCGAUCGAAGAAUUCGACCACUAUUGGGCUCGUAUUCCGCAGGAAUGGCAGUUUUUGCGAAAACUAACACCAUCUCGUAGAAUCACCAAUGGACAGGAGGCCUCUCGAGGUCAAUUCCCGUAUUACGUCGUGGUGCUCAGCGAUUUCGCGGCCGGUACCGGUCUCUGCGGAGCAACAGUUUUGACCACCAAUUACAUCCUAACAGCGGCUCAUUGUGUCCAUAAUGCUCAAGGAGGACUUGUUAUUGUUGGAGCUCACGACCGUACCGCUGAGGAAACUCAUUCACAACAAAGAAUCCUAUUCGAAGCAAGUGGCAUCAAAAUCCACGACGGAUAUGCUCCAACCAGUGUCAGAAACGACGUCGCUGUUGUACGAUUGUUCAACAGCAUUACUUACAGUAAUUGGGUAACAGUAGUCCGCAUCCCGAACUCGGCCGAUAGUCGUCAUUUCGCGGGACUAACCGGAACGGUGUCCGGAUUUGGCCGUACCUCAGAUUCCAGCAUGGCUGAAGCCGCUGUAAUCAGAUUCGCUAGCAACCCAAUCCUGACCGAGGCGGACUGUUUGUCACAGUGGGGCAACGAUGUCAACCUCAUCCAGUCACAGCAAAUUUGUCUCUCCGGUGAAGGUGGCCGCUCGCCUUGCAACGGUGACUCCGGCGGCCCGUUGACCGUUUCCGAGGGCCCUGGUCUAAAACUGCAGGUCGGUAUCGUUUCGUUCGGAUCGGCCGCUGGCUGCUCGAUUGGAAUGCCGUCGGUGUACGCACGUGUCACCCACUUCCGGCAGUGGAUCGUUGACAAUUCCGAUUAUCCGAUAAAUUAA